AUGGGUGACGUUGCAAAGGACUUAGCCGCCGGAACGGUAGGAGGUGUAGCCCAGUUGGUGGUCGGACACCCUUUUGAUACCAUCAAGGUGAAGCUCCAAAGUCAACCGACUCCACCACCGGGUCAACUCCCCCAAUACUCCGGCGCCAUUGAUGCUGUUAAAAAAACCUUGGCAGCUGAAGGUGCAGGAGGUCUAUACAAAGGUAUGGGAGCCCCACUUGCCACGGUGGCAGUCUUCAAUGCGGUGUUGUUCUCAGUUAGGGGAAAAAUGGAGGCCAUUUUAAGGUCCGAACCCGGUGCAUCAUUGACUGUGAAACAACAGACCAUCGCCGGAGCCGGUGCUGGUUUUGCCGUCUCCUUCUUGGCAACCCCAACCGAGUUAAUUAAAUGCAGAUUACAGGCACAAGGUGCAGGUGCGUCGGUGGCAGAAGGCGGUGCAGCCGCGACGGCGGCGUUGAAGUACAGUGGUCCAAUGGACGUGGCUAAGCAAGUGUUAAGGUCUGAAGGAGGGGUAAGAGGUUUAUACAAAGGAAUGUUUCCCACAUUUGCUCGUGAGGUCCCUGGAAACGCCACCAUGUUUGGUAUCUAUGAAGCUCUAAAACAAUAUCUCGCCGGUGGGACUGAUACUUCCGGCUUAGGCAGAGGCUCCCUGAUGAUGGCCGGAGGGUUAGCCGGAGGUGCGUUUUGGAUUUCCGUUUACCCUGCUGAUGUCGUCAAGAGUGUGAUCCAGAUCGAUGAUUAUAAGAACCCUAAAUAUUCUGGAGCCAUUGAUGCUUUCAAAAAGAUUCUUAAAUCUGAAGGAGUUAGCGGUUUGUAUAAAGGUUUUGGACCUGCAAUGGCACGAAGUGUCCCUGCUAAUGCUGCUUGCUUUCUAGCCUAUGAAGUCACAAGAUCCAGUUUGGGUUAA